AUGGCUGCGUUGAUGCCCAUCUUGGUGGCUGGCCUAGCCAUCUUCGGGGGCUACAAUUAUGCGCCCGCAGUCAAGAGGACAGUUACCCUUAUCGGACUUGGACGAGAGAAACUGAAUACCCCCGUGUUGCAAGCAGGGGACUUGAUCUUCAUUGACGACACGAUUCAUUGCGAAGAUAUCCAUCACCACCUUCCCAGUGGUCUCCUCUUCACUGCCUGCGAAGACAAUGAAGAGACCCGUGCCAAAUGGUUCCCUGCUCUAGGUACCCUCGGUGACCCAAUCAUCGGAAGCAAACAAAAGGGCUCUCUUCACGUCAUUGAUCCCAAGGACAUGACCCAAAGACGGCUCAAGUUUGAGAAUUUUGACACCACCUAUGUCACUCACGGCAUCGAUGUCAUCUCAGACCCCAAGCAGCCCGAGGCCGUCUACAUCUUCGCCGUCAAUCAUGUACCACACCCAGACUGGUUAGCGACCAAGCUGGGAGGCCAGAGUUCUCAAAAAGUCACCCAGAAAUCUCAAUCACGCGUUGAAAUCUUCCAUCAUAUUCUCGGAUCAUCUACUGUCAGGCACCUACGCACCGUCAUUCACCCGCUUUUGAAGACCCCGAACGACAUCUUUAUCAAAGAUCCGUACUCGUUCUACGUGACCAACGAUCAUUAUCACCCCAAUGGUAUCGGAAGAAUCAUCGAGGAUUUGUGGCCUGGAACCUCUUGGACCGACACCAUUCACGUUCACAUUGACGAGAUGUCUGCAACGGUCCCUACGGAAGGCAUCAAGGCCGAAGUUGCUCUUUCAGGGAUGCGUAACAACAACGGCUUGGGUCACGGCCGCAAGGCCGAGGAAAUCCUUGUCGUCAACUGCGCCGGUGGCGAGAUGUUCAUCGGGCAGCUCUCCUCGGACUCCAAGAAUACCAGCAUCAACGUCGACGAGUCCAUCCAGACGGAUUCAUACAUUGACAAUCCCAGCUACUUUGAGGACCCGUACAAAAGCGAAGCUCUUGACGCGAGCGGCUUUGUGCUUGCCGGUCUUUCGCGACCAGUGGACUUACCUAAGCAGGUACACAAUACUUCGUCGGACAUUGCGUCGAUGGUCUGGUACGUCAGGCCGGCUGCGGGCAGCAAUGGAAGCUAUGAGAAGCGGUUGUUGUUCGAGGACGAUGGAACUAGAACCCGGUCGGCGGCGACUGCUGUCUUGGUCGCCAUUGACCCAGCUCAGGAGAAGGGUGAGAGGAAAGCAUGGCUCUUCGUCACCGGCUUCAUGGCUGGCAGUGUUGUUGCUGUCAAGGUGAACCUUUGA